CAAGAUCAAACAGCUGGUAAAUGGCAGAGGUGAUAUUUUGCUCCUUCCAUCUAGCUGUUCUUUUUCUGGGACUGUAGCUAAGGAGAAAAUGAGAAGCUAUGUGGGUCUGAAAUAAUGAUAAUAACUAGCAAUCAUAUAGAAUUUGACACUUUACAUCUAUAUCUUUUGAUCGUCACCAUAACCCUACAAAGUAGGUGUGCUGUUAUCAAUCUGGUUUUACAGAUGAGGAAACUGAGGCCAAAAGCUGUUCGGUGACUUGCCCAGGGUCACACAUCUAGUGACCUCGAGGUCCAGAGAGGGGCCACGACAGUCUCCAAAAUAAAAGGCCUAAUUUAUCAGGGAGAAGCCCCCUGUAUGUCCCAUGUGCACAGCAGGUGUUGAGGCCCUGAUGCCUGGAACUCUCCAUGAGGAACGGUGGGGACAGUGUGGGCUCAGCCCUGGCUUUCUCCUUGGUCUUCAUCUCUGCCUGUGGUCUAGUCUCCCCUGCCUGGUUCCAAAGUGAUCUUUUUUCUUUUGGACUCUUUGCCUCAUGCUCCUGGCCUGAGGGUAAUGACUGGAACCAGACCUGCAUGGCUUAUAGGACCCUGGAGGACAUGCCUGACCUGGCCUGGAAGGCCUCAGCUGCGCUGCUUCUUGGAGGCUGGGUCCUGCUGGCCUUGUGGGCCCUGCUCCUCCUCUCCUGGACUGUCCUCCCUGAGGACUUCUGCCCCGUGAAAGGGCGCAUCCCUAUCCGGUACAUACAAGCAGCAUCUGUCACCACCACUCUUCUGGGCCUGUUGCUUUUCCCGUUCAACCUGGCCUCCCAGGUGGCUCGGGACUCCUGCGGCCCUUCCUCUGUGUACAGCGGCGGCCGAUGCCACCUGGGCUGGGGCUACAUCAUCGCCAUCUUGGCUCUGGUCCUCAACAGCCUCUUGCACUUCGUCGGGAGAUUCCAAGGAAAUAAGACCCAGGAGCAGAAGAUUCUUUUCUCCAGCAGCACUGAAAGAAUUGUCUUCAUUUCAGUCAAUAGAUAACAAUGUCCAACUUCUUUGCAAAUUACUGCUUCCUGCUGCCACCUAGUGGCUUCAGUACCUCCCUGCAAGACGCCGCCAGUUGGAAGAGACCUCUGCCCAGGGAUGAGGGUAGGGAUGAAUGGAGUUUAAGGGGCUGCUGACCUGCCUCCAAUUCACUAUGUGAUCUUGGGCAAGUCACCUGCCCUCCAGGCCACACAAUAGGCUUGGACAAGUCUGAGGCUCUUAACCUGCGGUCCAUGGACUACGAAGUCCUCAGAUAGAAUUUAGGGGGUCCUUUACUUUGGAUGAGAAAAACUCCAUUGUUAUUUUCACUAACCUCUAAUUCAAAUUUAUUAUUUCCUUCCU